AUGUGCAACUUCCCAUACUCUGUUUCUGCUCUGACUGCAAGUGAUUUUUUUUCUUCUUUUUUUUCCGUCCUUUUUUCCAUCAAUAUUUUUCUGUCAUUUUUCCCUUCGCGUUUUCUUUUUCUUUCAUUUUUUUUCCCUUUUUCUUCCCUUCCUUCAUUUUCUUUUUCAUUUGUUUCUUUACCUUUUUCCUUGUUGUUAUUGUUUUCCUUUUUCUUCGUUUUCUUUACUCUUUCCUUUUUCUUCUUCGUUUUCUUUACUCUUUCCUUUUUCUUCUUCGUUUUCUUUACUCUUUCCUUUUUCUUCUUCGUUUUCUUUACUCUUUCCUUUUCCUUCUUCGUUUUCUUUACUCUUUUUCAUCUUCAUUUUCUUUACUCUUUUUCUUCUUCGUUUUCUUUACUCUUUUUCUUUUGCCUUCCUCUCUCCUUUUUUUUCUAUUUCUUUUGCCUUCCUUUCUUCCCUUUUUUUCCACUUAUCUGUUUCUUUUCCUCUCCCUUUUUUCUUAUAUUCUGGGAAUUAGUUCAAGCUGAUUUUUCAUUAUUCCUUUCUGGUCCCCUAAAUCUGUCUGGUUUGCCCUGUUCUUAUUUCUGUCCCCCCCAAAUCUGUCUGGUUUGCCCUGUUCUUCUUUCUGGGCCCCUGAAUCUGUCUGAUUUGCCUUGUUCUUCUUUCUGCCCCCCCCAAUCUGUCGGGUUUGCCCUGUUCUUCUUUCUGGCCCCCCCAAUCUGUCGGGUUUGCCCUGUUCUCCUUUCUGGCCCCCUAAAUCUGUCUGGUGUGUCCUCUUCUUCUCUCUUUGAAAAUUUCACUCAUUUUGUUCUUGAGAGCUGCAAUGUCCUAUGUCUGAGGAACCAUUCUUUCCAAGCUCCUUCCCUUGCAGAUUGCCUGAAUAACUUGGAUGAUCUUUUACCAUUUUUCUUUUUUUCUUUUCUUUUAUUUAUCUUUUUCUUAUUUUCUUCUCUUUUUUUCUUUUCCUCUCCUAUCCUUGCCUCCUUCUUCUCUCCUCCUUCUCUUUCUUCUUCUUCUUCUCUCCUCCUCCUCUUUCUUCUCUCCUUUUUCUUCUCCUCCUUCUCUUUCUUCUCCUCCUCCUCUUUCUUCUCCUCCUCCUCUUUCUUCUCUCCUCUUUCUUCUCCUCUCCUCCUUUUUUCUUCUUUUUAA